ACCAUGAACAACUCACAGACAAAGACAAAGACAAUGACGCCGGUAAUCAAGGAGGUGAUGGAUUCUAGGUGAGUGUCAAAAUGCGCUGGUAAUGAUGGUGACAGGUGUGCGCCUUAACGAGCAGCCUGGUGACCUAGAGGCCGGAGAGGGAGCACACGUGACAGUACACCCUCCCCAAAGCGCGGCUUCAGCCGCAGGACGCCCACCAAGAUGAAGAUCCCGGGGAUCAGGAGCGGACCAGUCACCUCUGCUAAAAAGACGCGGGAACCUGUCGAUCCCAGCUGAGGCGCAGGAGCAUGGCGACUUAGAGCGCGGGAGAAAGAGCAUACGUGACAGAUAACAGUUUGCUUUCUGAACUGAGACUAUUUUGUCUGAGGGCAAAGUGGGAAAAUCUGGUUUUUAGUCGACUUUUUAAAAUAAACUAAACAUUUGAAACAAAAACCUAAUCAAACAAAAACAUUUAAAAAACAAAAAUAUAGGCUAUACGCCUGGCUGUAAUGCUUUCUCCUAUGCAAUGCCAGUUUCUUGCCUGGCUGCUCAAUCUUUACGCAGUAAAAUACCAAACCCAACACCGGGCCGAAUUAUAAUGGAGAAACGUGAAAACACUUUAAUAAUGACAACAUAACUCUGUGGUUAUGAAACUUGAAGUGAAGCACAGUAAAAGAAAGACACGUUAACCAAAAUGGCAUCCUUUCUAUAAAGUCACAUUUCAAUUGCCUUCACUGAAUCCCGUAGGCUAGUGCUUUAGUGACACAAAGAAAUACAUGGAUAUGCUUUUUUCUACAUGCAUUUACCCCUUAAAGACCUUCCCUGAAACCUGCAGUGUAAUUAAAUAAAUUAUAUCCGCUGGUUAGUCCGUCAAAAUGUAUGAGAAAGACCCUCGGUGUGUGUGUGUGUGUGUGUGUGUGUGCGCGCGUGUUCAGGGAACCACCCGCCCAUGAAACAAGCUCACCCCCGGGAUCAUGAGGUAUGUGACCACAGGUCCAGAGAGGGGGGAGUGUGGGUGAGGGAGGAGGGAGGAGAAGUCGAGUCGGAUCUGAGUGACUCUGAUCUGACUGGAGUAGCUACAUGGGUUUCGUCUUAUCUCACUUCUACUUACCAACUCCUCUUCUCAAUGACUCUAGGCACGUCAGCGGGCUGGUGUGUGUGUGACAGGACAAGACAGGCCUGGACAGCUGUGUUCGUGUUGGUGUGUGUGGUCAAGUGUUGCGAUGUGGCUCUUGCUCCUCCACAGUGUGUUUUUCCUCCAGUGUGUGCGGUUAUCCCAGCAGCAGUUUCCCCGUCUCUGCGCCACCACGGAGGCCCUGCUCUCUAAGGAGUGCUGCCCGGUCUGGGAUGGGGAUGGCUCGGCUUGCGGGGCCAGCUCUGGCAGGGGGUUCUGCCGGGACGUGGAGGUAUCGGAUCUACCCAACGGGCUGAAUUACCCGUUCUCCGGCUUGGACGACAGAGAGAGAUGGCCUCUGGUGUUUUAUAACCGGACCUGCCAGUGCGCCUCUAACUACUUGGGGUUCAACUGCGGAGAGUGCCAGUUCGGGCUGUUUGGUACUAAGUGCGGGGAGAAGAGAGAGUCCGUGAGGCGGAACGUGUUUCACCUUUCGGCGGCGGAAAGACGGAAACUUAUCUCUUACCUCAACCUGGCCAAGCACACAGUCAGCCAGGAUUAUGUCAUAGCAACCGGGACCUACCGGGAGAUGAAUAACGGGAGCACCCCACUGUUCUCUGACGUCUCGACCUAUGACGUGUUUGUGUGGAUGCACUACUAUGUCUCGAGGAAUGCUCUUCUCGGUGGACCGGGGAAUGUCUGGACAGAUGUGGACUUCGCACACUGGGCUCCCGCCUUUCUGCCGUGGCACCGUGCGUACCUGCUGCACUGGGAGCGUGAUAUUCGGAAGCUGACCGGGGACUUUGAAUUUUCCAUCCCGUACUGGGACUGGCGGGACGCGCAGGGCUGUGACGUUUGCACCGACGACCUGAUGGGCGCCCGGAGCCCCCGAGACCCCAACCGCAUCAGCCCUGCUUCAGUGUUCUCUUCUUGGAGGGUGAUGUGUUCGCGUGCGGAAGACUACAGCGUGAGGGGGGUGCUGUGUGACGGCAGCAACGAGGGGCCGUUGCUGCGUAACCCUGGCAACCACAAUCGUAACUUGGUUCCGCGGUUGCCAACGGCAGCAGAGGUGGAGUUCACGGUCAGUCUUCGUGACUACGACACGGGAGCCAUGGACCGCUCCGCUAACUUCAGCUUCAGAAACACAAUGGAAGGUUUUGGGAACCCUCAGACAGGCCUGGGUAACAGUAGGGUGAUGGGGAUGCAUGCCUCUCUUCACAUCUUCAUGAAUGGCUCCAUGUCUUCAGUUCAGGGGUCAGCUAAUGACCCUAUUUUCCUACUGCACCACGCCUACGUAGACAGUAUCUAUGAGCAGUGGUUGAGGAGACAUGCUCCAGAGCAGACCCAAUACCCAGAGUUCAAUGCUCCCAUCGGCCACAACAGGCAGUACCACAUGGUGCCCUUCAUACCUCUACACAGGAACAUAGAAUACUUCACCUCCAGCAAAGACCUGGGGUACGAAUACUCCUACAUGCUCGACUCAGGCAAGAGGAUAUCGGAGGUUCUCAGCCCUUACCUGGAACUGAUGAUGGAGGCGUGGCCCUGGUUGCUAGGGGCGUUGGUCCUGGGGGCCCUGGUAGCUACAACUGUGGCUAUGGUAGCUGUGACAAUGACCCGGGUGUGUUGGGGUGUGUGGCCAUGGCAACAUGGGGAGAAGAGUUCAGCAUUUCACCUACCAGAAUGGGAACCUCUCAUCAUCAGCAGUGAUAGUGAUACCCCCAACUACCACACUGUUUAGCCCCAACAACCACACUGUUUAGCCCCAACUACCACACUGUUUAGCCCCAACAACCACACUGUUUAGCCCCAACUACCACACUGUUUAGCCCCAACUACCCCACUGUUUAGCUCCAACUACCCCACUGUUGAGCCCCAACUACCAUACAGUUUAGCUCCAACUACCACACUGUUUAGCCCCAACAACCCCACUGUUUAGCUCCAACUACCCCACUGUUUAGCCCCAACUACCAUACAGUUUAGCCCCAACUUGCCCCACUGUUUAACCUCAACGACCCCAACUACCACACUGUUGAGCCCCAACAACCACACUGUUUAGCCCCAACUACCCCACUGUUUAGCUCCAACUACCCCACUGUUGAGCCCCAACUACCAUACAGUUUAGCUCCAACUACCACACUGUUUAGCCCCAACAACCCCACUGUUUAGCUCCAACUACCCCACUGUUUAGCCCCAACUACCAUACAGUUUAGCCCCAACUUGCCCCACUGUUUAACCUCAACGACCCCAACUACCACACUGUUGAGCCCCAACUACCACACUGUUUAGCCCCAACUACCCCACUGUUUAGCUCCAACUACGCCACUGUUUAGCCCCAACUACCAUACAGUUUAGCCCCAACUUGCCCCACUGUUUAACCUCAACGACCCCAACUACCACACUGUUUAGCCCCAACUACCAUACAGUUUAGCCCCAACUGCCCCACUGUUUAACCUCAACUACCCCAACUACCACACUGUUUAGCCCCAACUACCAUACAGUUUAGCCCCAACUGCCCCACUGUUUAACCUCAACUACCCCAACUACCACACUGUUUAGCCCCAACUAUCGCACUGUUUAGCCCCAACUACCGCACUGUUUAGCCCCAACUAUCACACUGUUUUGCCCCAAUUACCCCAAAUGUCACACUGUUUAACCCCAACUACCACGCUGUUGAGCUAACUACCACACUGUUUAGCCCCAACUACCACACUGUUUAGCCCCAACUACCCCACUGUUGAGCCCCAACUACCACACUGUUUAGCCCCAACUACCCCACUGUUUAGCUCCAACUACCCCACUGUUUAGCCCCAACUACCAUACAGUUUAGCCCCAACUGCCCCACUGUUUAACCUCAACUACCCCAACUACCACACUGUUUAGCCCCAACUAUCACACUGUUUAGCCCCAACUACCGCACUGUUUAGCCCCAACUAUCACACUGUUUUGCCCCAAUUACCCCAAAUGUCACACUGUUUAACCCCAACUACCACGCUGUUGAGCUAACUACCACACUGUUUAGCCCCAACUACCACACUGUUUAGCCCCAACUACCCCACUGUUUAGCCCCAACUACCAUACAGUUUAGCCCCAACUGCCCCACUGUUUAACCUCAACUACCCCAACUACCACACUGUUUAGCCCCAACUAUCACACUGUUUAGCCCCAACUACCGCACUGUUUAGCCCCAACUAUCACACUGUUUUGCCCCAAUUACCCCAAAUGUCACACUGUUUAACCCCAACUACCACGCUGUUGAGCUAACUACCACACUGUUUAGCCCCAACUACCACACUGUUUAGCCCCAACUACCCCACUGUUUAGC